AUGAUUCUCUUAUUCCUCACCUCCUGGCUUACACUUUUCGCAUCCACCAAAAUUAAUGCAUCAUCGUCAUCUUCCCCCAACUCCCACAUAGUAUCCUGUCUCUUCGCAUCUCAUAUCCCACAAGAACUCCCCUGUACCCCGUCCUUUGCUCUCUCCAUAAUCCCCCUCAACACCCGUCUAAGCUACACCCCCCCCAGCCUUUGCAAUCCCUACCACAGUUCCACAAAUCCAAGCCGCCGUUCUCUGCGCCGCAAAACAUGGCAUCAAAGUAAACCCAAAAUCCGGAGGUCGUAGCUACGCAUCCCAUAGUAUAGGUGGAGAAGAUGGACAUUUGGUGAUCGAUUUGCGAUAUUUCGAUCAUGUGGUUCUGGAUCCCGAGACGUGGAUUGCAAACGUGGGGCCUGGGGCGCGGGUGGGAAACAUGGCUUUGGCAUUGUAUGAGCAAGGGGGGAGAGCGAUUGUGCAUGGGGUUUGUCCGAGGUAGGGAAGAGAUUUAAGAGGGUUUGUCUUAGGAUGCGUGAACGUUAUUUGUAGUCUCCAUGUAACUGAAACUUUGAGCUUGUAUAUACUGAUAACUCAUAAAUUCUAGCGUCGGAAUAACUCUCGACUUUCUCCUCUCUGCCGAAAUCGUCCUCGCAAACGGAUCUCACGUGCGUACCUCGCGCACCCAACAUCCCGAUCUUUUCUGGGCUCUCCGCGGCGCAGGAAUGUCGUAUGGGAUCGUGACUUCCUUUACAUUCCGUACGAUUCCCGCGCCGGAGAAAAAUGUUUUGUUCUACUAUGGAUAUAUCUGGAAUCGUAUGCAAGCGAUUUAUGGUUGGAUGGCUUUCCGAAAUUACUGUGCUGGGAGGACGAAGCCGAUUGUUCCAAGGGAAAUGAAUAUUCGAGUCUUUGUUGGGCAACAUGACGGGUUUGAUUUGUUAUUUCUUUUCGAGGGGGCGUAUCACGGGGCUCUUUCCGAUUUUGAGGUUGCGAUUCACCCAUUGCUAGAUGCACUUGAUGAGAUAGGGGGGAUGACUUACCUAGCUAAUUAACACUUCUUUACAGUAUACAAAAAGCUUAAUGACAGACGAUCUAUCGAUAGCCGGCGCAACUGUCUGGCUGGACCGUCUCUACGACACUGGCCCAUCCAACAAUUUGAGCUGGUACUUAAUAAUCUCCGCCCAAGGCGGACCCACAUCCCUCGUCUCCCUCACCCCCCCUACCUCUACGUCCUACACGCACCGCUCUCAACUCUUCGAGUGGCAGUUCGUCACCGGUGUAGCCUCCUCUUCCUCCCCAUUUCCCAUCCAACAAGCCUAUUCAUUCCUCAACCCCAUGAUUGCUGAGAUUGAAAAUGCAGAAGGCAAAGAAGAAUCGGGCAUGUAUUAUAAUUAUGCCGAUUCCGCUUUGAGUGCAGACGAGGCGCAUAAGAGGUAUUGGUUGGGAAAUUAUGAGAAGCUGGCGCGGAUAAAGGGGAUGCUGGAUCCUGGGGAGGUGUUUAUGAGUCCGCAAUCUGUUAACAGUGAUUGA